GUUGUGCUUCCAUCAUGCAACCUUCAGCUAUUUCUAACUAUCAUGGCCGUGGAGUGGCUCUGGCUUUCCCUGUGCCCUUCCUGCCUGGAGAGAGGGAUGUGGCCUUCUCUGAGCCUGAAGGCCACCAGCAGGAAGGCAGGGAUGAUUCUGUCCCAGAGGAUAAUAUUUGGAGGGGUAUCCUCUCUGUGAUUUUCUUCUUUUUAAUCAUCAGUGUUCUAGCUUUUCCUAAUGGACCCUUUACACGUCCCCACCCUGCAAUAUGGAGAAUGGUUUUUGGCCUCAGUGUGCUUUAUUUUCUAUUCCUGGUGUUCGUGCUCUUCCUUAACUUUGAGCAGGUGAAAGCAGUGAUGUACUGGCUGGAUCCUAACCUUCGAUAUGCCACAAGGGAAGCAGAUAUUAUGGAAUAUGCUGUGAACUGUCAUGUUAUUACUUGGGAGAGAAUCCUCAGCCACUUUGAUAUAUUUGCUUUUGGGCAUUUCUGGGGCUGGGCUAUGAAGGCUUUGCUGAUCCGCAGCUAUGGGCUGUGCUGGACUAUUAGCAUCACCUGGGAGCUCACCGAGCUCUUCUUCAUGCACCUUCUGCCUAAUUUUGCUGAAUGCUGGUGGGAUCAAGUCAUUUUGGACAUCCUGCUUUGUAACGGGGGUGGCAUCUGGUUGGGCAUGGUAGUUUGUCGUUUCUUGGAGAUGAGGACCUAUCACUGGGCAAGCUUCAAGGACAUUCACACAACGACAGGGAAAAUCAAAAGAGCUGUAUUACAGUUCACCCCAGCCAGCUGGACCUAUGUCCGCUGGUUUGACCCUAAGUCUUCAUUUCAAAGAGUGGCUGGAAUCUACCUUUUCAUGAUCAUUUGGCAGCUAACCGAGUUGAACACAUUCUUUUUGAAACAUAUCUUUGUGUUCCAAGCAAGCCAUCCCUUAAGCUGGGGGAGAAUUCUCUUCAUAGGAAUCAUUACUGCACCCACUGUAAGGCAGUACUAUGCGUACCUCACGGAUACACAGUGCAAGCGAGUGGGAACUCAGUGCUGGGUGUUUGGGGUUAUUGCUUUCCUUGAAGCUAUUGUCUGCAUAAAGUUUGGACAGGAUCUUUUUUCCAAAACACAAAUACUGUAUGUUGUGUUUUGGCUUCUCUGUGUGGCCUUUACAACUUUCCUGUGUUUAUAUGGUAUGGUUUGGUAUGCAGAAUAUUAUGGCCACCGAGAAAAGACCUUAUCAGAAAGUGAAGACAGCCCAUACAGUCCAGAUGCUUCCUGGCUUCAUUCUAAAUUCAGCAGAGGUGCUGACAAUAGUCCACCAAAACAUUCAGUUAAUAGUGAAAGUCAUUCAUCUAGAAGGAGGAAUCGGCACUCCAAAUCAAAAGUAACAAAUGGAAUUGGCAAGAAAUAAGAAUGGUCUCUGAAGAUAUCCUACAACAUGAGCAGAAGUGACAAAGAAAGUCAGGCCUGGCUCUGGAUUUCCAAGUGGGAGAUUGAUUUUUAAAUUUAAAAGUUUAAAAAAAGGAGAUGGUGAAGAAAAGGAUGAUCAAGGUGGAGCCACCACUGUAGUGCAAAUCAUUGCCUGCUGAAACUUGCCAUUCACUGAUUUAAAUCAAAUUUCUUCAGCAUGCAGCACCAAAAGCUAAUGAAGAGUAUGCUGGAAAGAAAAACAGUUUUGUCAUAGCAGGUA